GGAACACUCGUCCGGACUCCAAAGUUGCGGUCCGGUGGACUCUAACGGUAGUGCAAGGUAGUGCGAAGGCGAACAUGUAGGACUGAACCCCAUCCAAGGACUCCCAACCAGUUGAGAUUGAUUACGAUUGUGAUAGUUAGAGUUACGUUAAGUGAUUGUGUGUGGCAAUGGCGUCGAACAUGACCACCAUUUCGGUGCGGAACAUCUCCACCCUGAACCCGUUGAAGCGCAUGAAGUUCAAGGAGAACCAAGUGAUGAUUCCGAAUGGGUCGAACGUGGAGAACUUUGAUGAAAACGAUUCUACGGUAGUGCUGAAGCGGAAGAUUCCCUUGGGAAUGCUCGGAAGUAUCGAGAAUGUGAUGUACAACAGUUCGACUGUAGAUCUACGGAAACAUCUGGGAAGUGUUGCGUCACCAGGUCCAGGAAGACGUAAGAACUCCGAUCCGAAAAGUACAAUCAGUGCCGUUGAACGACGAAACGCCCGGGAACGCAACCGAGUUCAGCAGGUCAACAACGGAUUUGCCGCUCUGCGUCAACGUAUUCCGGAGGAGAUCGCAGAAGUCUUCGAAGCCGGUACUACACGUGGGAUCCACAAGAAGCUGAGUAAAGUUGAAACCCUUCGGAUGGCCGUUGAAUACAUCAAGUGCCUGGAACGUCUCCUUUCCCUCGACCCAGAGAAGGAAGGUAGUGUUUUCAAAAUCCAACCUUCAGAACAGCAGGAGUCUACUCAGCUUCCGGCUACUCCUCCACCAGAACCGAUGCAGCCCAAUAAUUUCUUCCUCGCAAUCAAACCUCGUGCCAUCGGAAACCCGAACGGAGUUUCCCUAGAUCAAACCCAGAUCACCAUCAUCAACGGCCAUCAGUACAUCCGCAUUCCCGGUACAAACACCUUCCAAUAUCUGGACCCAGACAGUCUCUACGACGAUUCGCCAAACGACAGCUCCUUCUUCGGUGACACCAGUUCGGUUAUCGAUCAGGACGUCAUCCAGGAGGACUCGGACGAUCUUAUGAGCGAAUCGGCCAUCGCCUUCUCUCCCCAAAGCAACUACGCUCUGGAACCCGAGGACCAAAAGGAUGGACCCACAGUCUUCCUCAAUCGACCAAUGGAGGACGGAAAGAUUCUCUCCAUGAUCGAUCAACAGCAAUACGCCGACAUUAUGAUGAUCAAAAGUGAACUAGAGGAGGAUGACGAGCAAUCGCUAUUGCAGCGAACGGCCAACGAUCCGGGAUUCCUGGAUUCCAUCGACUGGUUCGAGAGCCACCACCAGCAGCUCCCUUCGGAUACCCUCAUGGACUGAGCGAACGCAUUCCCUAGCCGCCAUUUGUAGAUAGGAUUAUUUAUUUUAACGAAACUGAAUUUUAUUAUUAUUCUAAUUAUACGGAAAUUUAAUUUAUUAACCACCACU